CGCGAAGAUUGCUGGGCGGUUCUUGCCGGAAGUGGAGAACGGCUGAUCGCAGUCCGGAGGUGAGGCGGAACUCUGAGGUCGUACAUUAUGGCUGACAUGCAAAAUCUGGUAGAAAGAUUGGAGAGGGCAGUGGGCCGCCUGGAGGCAGUAUCCCAUGCCUCUGACAUGCACUGUGGCUAUGGAGACAGUGCUCCAAAAGCAGGAGCAGCUCCAUAUGUGCAGGCAUUUGACUCACUGCUUACCGGUCCUGUGGCAGAGUACCUGAAGAUCAGUAAAGAGAUUGGGGGAGAUGUGCAGAAACAUGCGGAGAUGGUUCACACGGGCCUGAAGUUGGAGCGAGCUCUCUUGGUUACAGCCUCUCAGUGUCAGCAGCCAGCAGGCAAUAAACUUUCGGAUUUGUUGGCACCCAUCUCCGAGCAGAUCCAAGAAGUGGUAACCUUCCGGGAGAAGAACCGAGGCAGCAAGUUGUUCAACCACCUGUCAGCUGUCAGCGAAAGUAUCCAGGCCCUGGGUUGGGUGGCUGUGGCUCCCAAGCCUGGUCCCUAUGUGAAAGAAAUGAAUGACGCUGCCAUGUUUUAUACAAACCGAGUCCUCAAGGAAUACAAAGAUGUUGAUAAGAAGCACGUGGACUGGGUCAAAGCUUACUUGAGUAUAUGGACAGAGCUACAGGCUUACAUUAAGGAGUUCCAUACCACUGGACUGGCCUGGAGCAAAACGGGGCCUGUGGCAAAAGAACUGAGUGGAUUGCCAUCUGGACCUUCUGCUGGAUCGGGUCCUCCUCCUCCCCCACCAGGCCCACCUCCCCCACCAGUCCCCACCAGUUCUGGCUCAGAUGAGUCUGCUUCCCGCUCAGCACUGUUUGCGCAGAUUAAUCAGGGGGAGAGCAUCACACAUGCCCUGAAACAUGUAUCUGAUGACAUGAAGACUCACAAGAACCCUGCCCUGAAGGCUCAGAGUGGUCCAGUACGAAGUGGCCCCAAACCAUUCUCUGCACCUAAACCAGGAGUCAGCCCGUCCCCCAAACCCACCACAAAGAAGGAGCCACCUGUACUUGAACUGGAGGGCAAGAAGUGGAGAGUGGAAAAUCAGGAGAAUGUUUCCAACCUGGUAAUUGAUGACACAGAGCUGAAACAGGUGGCUUACAUAUACAAGUGUGUCAAUACAACAUUGCAAAUCAAGGGCAAAAUUAACUCCAUUACAGUAGAUAACUGUAAGAAACUCGGUCUGGUGUUCGAUGACGUGGUGGGCAUUGUGGAGAUAAUCAAUAGUAGAGAUGUCAAAGUUCAGGUAAUGGGUAAAGUGCCAACCAUUUCCAUCAACAAAACAGAUGGCUGCCAUGUUUACCUGAGCAAGAAUUCCCUGGACUGCGAGAUAGUCAGUGCCAAAUCUUCUGAGAUGAAUGUCCUCAUUCCUACAGAAGGCGGUGACUUUAAUGAAUUCCCAGUCCCUGAGCAGUUCAAGACCCUAUGGAACGGGCAGAAGUUGGUCACCACAGUGACAGAAAUUGCUGGAUAAGCGAAGUGCCACUGGGUUCUUUGCCCUCUCCCUCACACCGUGGGAUAAAUCUGUAUCAAGACGGUUCUUUUCUAGAUUUCCUCUACCUUUCUGCUCUUAAACCGCUUCUCUGCUCUGAGAAGCACAGCUACCUGCCUUCACUGAAAUAUACCUCAGGCUGAGAUUUGGGUGGGAGAGCAGGUCAGUUGAUCUUCUGCAGGAAGGUGCGGCUUUUCCCUGUCAGCUCAACCACACCACCAGUCCAUUCUUAAGGAACUGCACACCAGGACUGCUGUGUUUUAGCUUUCAGCCUUUGGGGGUUAUUUGACCAACAGUCAUUUGGGAAGAAUAAAGCGGUCCCCAGGAAGCAACAGAUCAGAAUGUUCACACAAGUUCAUCUUUUUCUAACAAUGCCCACGAAGGUAGCAGAGGCUGGUGUGAUUCUAGCUGGUUCUUCUAACCAAACUAACUUUUCACUGUUGACAGGCGAGGCAGGGGUCGCGCUGGACCAAAGGCUGAAGCCUGGCCAUCUAGCAUUCCGAGCAAAAUUGAUUCCUGUAGGCAUUCCUUUUAUUCUGCAUUCCAUCCUGGGUCUGCCUGAACCUGAGAGAGUAGGUUGUCCUGUAUCGGCCGCUGGGCAGAGCCCUGCACCCAGGCCAGUUAAAGGAGUCUUGGACCCUUUCUCUCACUGGGAUCCCUGCCCAGCACCUUCCUACAGAGACGACUUAAACAAAAACAAACAAGACAAAACAAACAAACAAGGAAACUACACCAUUCCAAGGAAUCUGGAAUUCCUUCCUUCUUCCAUGCUAGGUGCCUGCCCUCCGUCUUCACUGCCUCCUUUGCCCUGUCAUGCCCAACUGCUUUUGGUUUCUGUCCAGGCACCUGAACAAAGGACUAAAAUCUCCACUGCAGCCUGGUUUUAGGUCUUGUGUAAGAAUCUUGCACAGCAUUGCUAAUGUAAAUUACAGUUUUUCUCUCUAGGACACUUACCAAAAUAUGCAACUUUUUUUGGUGGGAAGAGAGAUUGUCCUGUGACUUCUACCCAUUUCCUGAGGCCUGUGGAAAUAAACCUUUAUGUACUUAAAGUUAUACAGAAAAUAGAAUAAAAUUAAUACCAAA